AUGUCGAUCUACCAACAGCUGGACAGCAGUCAAGCUACUACAAGUGCUGUUCAACAGGAAACCCAAGAAACCAAGUUGACUCCGAGAAGGGCUCGCACGACACAUACCUCUCAGCAACUUUCAGAACUCGAAGGAGAAUUCAAUAGAGAUAAAUAUCUCACGAGGUCGCUGAGGAUUCAUCUGGCGGAAAGACUGAAAUUGUGCGAACAACAAGUAAAAGUCUGGUUCCAAAAUAGACGAAUCAAAUAUAAGAAAGAAUGUGGUCGAGCUGCGUCGCCUAAAAUUGUGAACAAUGAUAUGGCGGAGAAUUUGGGGACCUUACCGGCACAGCUGAACCCACAUGAUUUUUCACCAGCUAAUAAUACCGUACAAGUGCUUCAAGUUCUUCGACAUUUAAUUCAACCAUCAGUGCAGUACUCACUUCCCAGUGCAAAUGGUCAAAACCCAAUCAGACAAGAAGAUCAACAGUACCAGUUUCCAAUAACUCCAGAGCCGUCCCCAGAGCAAAUUUCGUUCAAUAACUUUAAUGGCACUGGAUACCAGAUUCUACCGUCCAAUGAAAUGUACCCUUAUAGUAACCAUAUGAACACGCAAGUAUAUGAUUUUGCAUCUUAUUCGGACACACAGUUGAUAACAUCUACUAAUGGUAGUGUAAAUGGUGAAUUAAAUGAACAAUAUAACCAAAUUCUGCAAAUGCUACAACAACAAUCGGAUCCAGUGGGGCACAGUCAGUAG